CAGAGGGCCAUUUGUGCCACAACAAAAAAAGCGUGGCGAGUGUUUUGAACUUUCAGUAACAUUUAAGUUCGAUUGCUGCAAGAGACACAGUUAAGAGAGAAGUUCGUGAAGACUGGAGCAGUUGUCAGAAGUGUGUCUACAUAGGCCUACAUGUUAGAGUACAACAAAUCUGCUCUGAAGAUGGGACUUGCUGUUUUGUGGAAAAUGAGUGUGUGUACAAUGUGAAGUUCAACGAUGGAGUUAUUGUUAACAUGGGAGUACCCAUAAGGAAACUGAACACUUCGUACUAUAUAUCAGUUGAGGCCUACAUGGAGUGGCACUGGUAUAUGUAGCUGUAAAUAGGCUCUGAUCCUUGUCUUCCUGCUGGAGUAACCUCCCCUGUGGAGCUCUUCACACCAUGAAGGAAUCUCGCUUUGUUAAUGUGGAGCUCCAUUCCCGUUAUGCUUUCCAGGUUAUGCAAGAGCUGCGAGUCCGCGAAGAACUGUGCGAUGUGGUACUGUGCAUCAAUGGCGCCAAGUUCAAAGCCCACAAGAUUGUGUUGGCAGGCUGCAGCCCCUACCUGAGAGCCAUGUUCACCAAUGGCAUGUUGGAAACUGAGAAAAACUUGAUAGAAAUUCACGGCAUUGAGAACGGGACGAUGGAGCUGCUGCUCGAGUUCAUGUACACUGGAGCCAUCGAGUUGACAGUGGAGAAUGUACAGAACAUUUUACAGGGGGCCAGUUUACUGGGGCUUCUCAGCCUUCGGAACCUGGCUGCGCAGUUUCUCCAAUCUCAGCUUGAGCCCUCGAACUGCCUGGGUAUCCAAUACUUUGCUGACAUGUACAUGUGUGGUGAGCUGGAGCGAGCGGCCAGGAACUACAUUUACCAGAACUUCCGUGAUGUGAUACGGACGGACGAAUUCUUACAGCUCUCCGAGGAGAGAAUGUUUACCUUGUUAAAAAGUGAUAAACUGCGUGUGACGAGUGAGCACCAGGUUUUGGAGGCGGCGUUGUCAUGGAUACAGUGGGAUCCCUUCAGCAGGACUGAGAGUGCCUGUCAGCUUCUGGAACACAUCAAACUAGCGCUGUUAGAGGACUCUUACCUAGAGGAUGUUGUGCUGCAGUCUGAAUUUGUGCGGAACUGCCCAAAGUGUCAGUUUCUGAUCAGUAAAGCCAUAGUGACCAAACAGGACGAUAUGACAUUGUCCUUAGUGACCCCUAGACCACAGCCCCCAUCAAUUUAUGUGGUCGGGGGUCGAAAUGACACACAUUGCCAGCUAAAGACAAUGGAGAGGUACGACUUUCUUCAUGACAAGUGGGAAACUGUGGCCUUGAUGAAUAUAGCUCGUACUGCCGUAGGGACGACGAACUUGGACGGCUUGCUGUACUGUGUAGGAGGGGAAUGCGCCUUAGUGGACAUGCAGGAACACACGCUCUACCUGCGCUCUAUGGAGGUGUACGACCCCACCCUCAGGGACUGGAUCCCCAUGGCGGAGAUGAAGGUUGCCAGGUCGUUCAUUGCGGUGGUGGCGGUAGGCAGAAUACUGUAUGCGAUAGGAGGAGAAGACAGGUCGUGCAGUUUUGACCUUGUGGAGAGAUACGACCCUCGCACCCAGACCUGGAGUGUGGCACCCAGCAUGAGACGCAGGAGAUCAGGCGCUGGCGUCGCGCUUUGUGAUAACAAGAUCUACGUGGCAGGUGGCUAUGACAAGACGCUGCACACUGACCGGGCCAGUGUGGAGUGUUUCGACCUCGAGGUUCAGGAAUGGUCAUUUGUGGCAGAAAUGGAGAAGGCACGCUCCGGGCUCUCGCUUGUCGCUGUUGAUCAGCAUCUCUACGCAUUUGGGGGGAGGUUUCGGCACACAGAGCAGUAUUUCGACUUAGUUGAAAGGUACAACACCAUGUCUCAACAGUGGACCACCAUCACCUCUAUGAACACACCCCGCGCCUGGCCGGGUGUGGCCAAAUUUGAGGGACGGAUCUACGUGAUCGGCGGCUUUGACGGUUCUAACCGCUUGCGCAGCGUGGAGGUGUACGACCCAGAGACAAACAAGUGGACGUACAUCAGCAGUAUGCUGGUGGGUCGGGCAGGGUGUGGGGCAGCGGCUAUAUGAGAGAGGCCACAAUACACGUGGCAGGGUAGUUAGUCAUUCUGGGGCCCGUUCGACAAACUAUGCGCAAAUCUUCGCCAGCGUAACUUUCAUGGUAACACAUACAAAAGUGAUGCGUUGCCACACUAUAGUUGUGCCAGUCGCUCAGUAAAUGGUUGCUUUGCUUCUGAGCCAGUUCUGAGAGGAUUUACAUAUAACCAGAGGGCAAUCUCAGAGAGCGACCUCAUCCACAGUACAUUCACAUAGUUUCCCUACUACAGACCAAAGGGCAAUACUCUGCAUUUCUAUUGUACACGUAACUGAGCAUAGAAAAAGAAUCUUUCAAGAUAUUAUUGCACCCGUAUACCCACUCGGAUUAUCACCAAGACGUGCUGGAUUGCUCUUAAGUCCAAGGUCAGCCUCUGCACGAAACUUUAUCCAAAUCGUUUUAAAAAUAUUUUCAAAACUUCGGACGGAGGGCUCUUCUAGACAGAUGUAAUAAUGGAAUCUCUCUCAAAGGUUUACAACCAUGAUCAAUUUUGAUAGUGCGUAUCUUAAAGCUUUACUUGUAUAUAUUUGGUAUUUGUAUUGUAUUCUAAUUUUGUAUCAGAAAGGAAUGUUCCCUUUUGCAUAUGAUCAUGCGAUACUAUUUUAUUUAUUUGAUUGGUGUUUUCCGCCCUACUCAAGAAUAUUUCACUUACACAACGGCGGCCAGCAUUAUGGUGGGAAGAAACCGGGCAAAGUCUGGGAUACCCACGACCAUCCACAGAUUGGUGGAAGAACUUCCCUCUUAUGGCGCCCGCCCCCCCCCCCCCCCUCCCCCGGCCAUAAAGGCCCCCGGGUGUGAUACUAAACCCAUAGAUUGAAAAACAUGUUUUUGCCAAAGAAUGGUUUCUUUUGCAGAGGGUGAUUGUCCUUUCUUUUGUUUUUUAAACAGUUUUCAUAAACAUAUACCGGGUAUUUUUUUUUGGCAGUAAAUGUUUAUUUUUGUAAUGGCAUUUCACAGUAUGGACAAAAGUGUACAGUUUGUUCAGACUUAUGGUUGCAUUAGAUACCUUUUCCUGUGCAUAAGUGGCUCGGGUCCAAGUUGGAUUGGUCUUUGUUCCCUAGUAAUAUGUGAGUAUCGGGUUAAUCAGUUUGCCCAGAAAUUCGCCUUACAAUGAUGAAGGAACGAUGGACUGCAGAACAUUUGUCCGAAUGAUCGAACAGUGUAUAGACUGGAAUGGUACCUUAUUUACAUACAUCUUUCGUUCAGAUUGACACGUGUAUGCUUUUUGAACCACAUACAGUAAUAUUGAUGACACAGCAUUUUCCUUCACCCUAAGGCUGAAUGUUACUUGAUGAGGGAUUAUGGCACUUACGUGCACAAGCACACUUUUAUGCAGUAGUAAACUUGUCGUGCCUGGCACCAGAACCCUGCUAAAGCAAAAGAACCCGUGACGUGGUGGCUGACUGCAAAAAGCACUUUCUAUAGCCAUUGACUGAUUUGGAUUUGUAUAGUGUGAGAGAUCGUGUUGGUAUUGUUUUGUUUUGAGUAAAACAAGUAGGUCUCCCGUAUGUUCCGUGCGAAAUCAAAACUGAAGAAUGGUACUUUUCUGGCAUUUUUUCGAUAGAAGUUUUUUAAAAGCGCUUACAUGUGGAUCGGCCUUUUUUUUUGUUGAUCUCUUUGAGUAUGUUGUGAUUACAAAUGUAAAAUGAGUACCUGUAAGGGGACUUUCUUUAGCACAUUAUGUGUCAAAUGUAAGAUAUAAUCGAAGAAGAUCAAGAAAUUAGCAUGGAGCAGAGUAAGAUUACCACACGCCACGUGGCCAUGAUAAAAAAUGAUAGUGCUUGUUUCUGUGGAGUACUAGGUUGUCAUGUACCCUAUAUCUCCACCAAAUUCGUGCACGGGCAUAAUACGGGGUUUAUUUUACAAGAGGAGAAUGUUGUCUGACCUGGACAGGUUAUUUUGAUAAUUUCUCUGAGCUGAUAACGUUCCCCAACCUGAACAAUACAUUUUAGUCCUCGAAAUCCUAUCAAUUAUGUUUCCAAAUUUUGCAUUUAGAGUUACACUUGACUGGUCGAAUUUGUUGAUGAUUUAGGGUACGUUGCAACCCCUCCUUCCCCGUCAAUCCCACCCAGCUUCCCUUUAUUGCACGCCUUGUUAACCAGGAUAUUAACUGGUUGUUUGGUUGUGACUAUUAAAUCAUGAAUCGAAACCAGUUUAAAAGAGAGCUGAGAUCAGCAUUUAUUUCCUCUGUUGCUACGUUAAAUCUGUGUUUCUAUAUCUUAUCAAUUGCCUUUUAACAUGUUUAAUUAGUGGUCUAUACUUGUUCUAUUUUUCAGUCCAAAUCUACAUAUUGACGGUUUCUCUGAGAUACAUCACUCCUGCUCAUGUGGGGUGUUCCUCAUUAUACGAUUAUGUGUUCGUAUGCAACUCACUUGCUGUAUGUGUUUUUACUCCACAUUAUAUGGGUGGGGUUUUUGCGUGCUUUGAUCUAUGUUUAAUCUUUCUUUUUAUCCCACGUUUCUCGCAAAGGUAUAGGAAUAAUAGUUUAUGUCAAUCUGUCUCUUCGUCUCCUCACUCUGAUUUCCGUAAGAGAACUUCAUACAUUGUUCCAUUUUGGUAAAUUGUGUGUCUAGACUGAUGCUUCUGGGAUCUUCCGUGCAAUAACAGUGACCAGGUAUUGUGUUUGUUUUUUUUUUCUCACUCACUCACUCACUCACUCACAUUGCUGCUGUGUUUCUUUCUCUUUUUUUGUUGCUGUUAUUUUGGUUACCGUAACGUUUUCAUUUUAGGCGUUGUAACACUUCAGACCUGCAGUGUAUAUCUUUAUUCAGAGUUAUGGACAAAGGUACCUUACAAAAAGGACCAAGGCGACGUGUAUUAUUGGUAUAUUUUCGUCAAGCUCCAUGUGCUUAGAAGUAAACACUAAGUAAGUUCUCACUAGUGCUCCUAAACGAAGGCUUUGACAGCUCUUUCUUAUGUAAUUAUCUUCCAGCUUGUCAUGGAAGCUGUGGUCGGAAGUUGUAUGCCAGUGGUUGUGUGUUGUUGAAACACUACUGACAGUUUUCAUAACGUUGUGUAUUUAUGUUCAUAUAAAGAUGACCUCAAGGUCAUAUGGUCAAACGGCCUUGGAGAUCCAUGGCACACUUUCUACAUCGCAUGCGUCGCCCUCUACGCUGGAUUUACGUCACUGCCACCACGAUGCAGUCUAGACAUUUGCAGCCAGUUCAGCCCACGUAGACAUGUUUAGGCUUAGCCUCACCACUUGUGUCAUCGCAGGAACUCAUCUGUACACAUUCUGCUAGUGGUGGCAGUGAUGUAAAGCGAUCGCAGAGAGCAGUGCAUGGGCUGUAAGGAACAUGGAUCUAUGGGUCAUAGAAUGAAUGAAUGAUUAUGUUUCAACCAAAUCGUUGCGAUGGAUUAUGCAAAAUAAAUGUAUAUACAUACAGUAGCCUAUAGUGAGCACACCGUAUACGUACAUGUAUAUAUAAGUGUAACAUUUACAAGGUUGACAAGACUAUAUGUCUCACAGCUUUUGAACUAUAUUUUGCUACCGGACAAAUCUACCUUUAUACUGUAAUCCAUACUUAAUAUGACUUCCGUUUGACUCUAAACCCGUAUUCUGCACCAUUGGCUAUCAUGAUUUGUAUGUUACUGACUUGUUUUGGCAUCUGAUCACUUUAUUCGAGUAUGGAAGCUGGCUACGGCCAUGUAAGCAAUGCGUUUAUAUCGGUUAUGCUAACGUUUAAGCG